UAAUCUAUCGCUCUUACUCUCCGUGUCGUUUACACAUCUUCAGACAUAGUAACCGAAAUGUCUUCGUCCAUUCUUAGGUCUGAGACGAUUUUCGAUCUCACUGGUCGUGUUGCGCUUGUCACUGGAGGUGGAACUGGCAUCGGUUUGAUGAUAGCGAGCGGACUGGCGACAAACGGUGCCAAGGUUUAUAUUGCGAGCCGUCGUAAGGACGUUGUACAGAAGGUUGCAGACGAGUGGAGGUCUCAGGGUCCGGGCACUAUCAUCGCACUGUCGAUGGAUGUGACAGAUCGGGAUAGCAUUUUGGAGGCCAAGAAAGUCAUCCAGCAAGCCGAUGGCAAACUUCACAUCUUGGUCAACAAUGCUGGUGCAGUAGGGCCCACCACACCCUUCCUUAACAAUCUUCAAGCCCCAGAGCACAAGGACGCGGAAACUUUGGGAAAUGCUCUCUUCAAUGAUGCCGGAUUUAACGCAUGGAGUUCGCUCUAUAGCAUCAACACCUCCUCUGUCUACUAUGUGACAACCGCCUUCCUUGGUCUGCUUGACAAUGGCAGCAAAGAUAUCCCAGGUUAUACUGCCAGCGUGAUCAACAUCACAAGCAUAAGCGGCGUCAUCAGCCUAGCUCAGGGCCAUUUCUGCUAUAACAGUUCUAAAGCAGCCGCAUCUCAUCUCACCAAGAUGAUGGCCACUGAAUUUGCGCUGAAGGGCAUUCCUGUCCGCGUGAACGCUAUUGCUCCAGGUGUAUACGCCUCCGAGAUGACGUUCGACGCCAUUGAAGGUCCUGAGGCAGUCGCAAAGAUUGCGCAGAGUGUUGUGCCUGUACCUGCUGCUAGAUCUGGGACGCCUGGCGAGAUAGCUGGAACAGUCAUCUAUUUAUCCUCUCUUGCUGGGUGCUACACAAACGGCCAGGAGAUUGUAGUUGACGGUGGUUACGUAGCCGUGAACCCUUGAACACGGUCUGUAGAGUUAUAGAAUACCUUGGUCAAGAAGCAGUGGCACUGCCAAUGGGAUACCCUAGACGAACG